GUUGCUUCGUAAUCCUUCCCCUUUUCCAGAACCCACCAUAUACGUACCCAACCCCAUACAUUUGCAGGGAAGAAUAGAUUUUGGAUUUCAGCUUUCCAUGGCUUCUUCUAUCAGUCUCUCUUCCCCCUCAACAUCAGCUUUUUCCUGUACUCAAGCAUGCAAGGGCUAUAAAUUGUUCAAUGGAUUGCAUAGUGUGAAUCUUUUCUCUGCAAAUGGCCACACACCGGAUUUGGCCUUGCUAUGCCUGGGUAGUAGAACACUGUUUGGUAUCAAGAGUGUGGGGAAAACAAGAGCAGCUGUGGUAUCUGGGGAAGGUGACCUUUUGAAUAAAGCUGUGGCAAAUGGUACUCUCUGGGGUGAUAAAUCAGUUGAGAUUGAGGCACACCCAGAUGCAAUAGCCUUUGGAACACUUGCAGCAGAUACUGCACCAAUAGCUACUGGUUUUCCCAUUGAUAAUGAUGAAUUUGACUUGGAUUGUCCCACUGAAUGUUUUUCUUCCAUCCCUGAGGCCAUUGAGGACAUCCGCCGAGGAAAGAUGGUAGUUGUUGUUGAUGAUGAGGACAGAGAAAAUGAAGGAGAUCUGAUAAUGGCAGCAGAGUUAGUGACACCUGAAGCUAUGGCUUUUAUUGUGAAGCAUGGAACUGGGAUUGUUUGUGUAAGCAUGAAAGAGGAAGAUCUAGAGAGGUUGCAACUUCCUUUGAUGGUAAACCAGAAGGAAAAUGAAGAAAAACUUCGUACUGCAUUCACAGUAACAGUGGAUGCAAAACAUGGUACCACCACUGGUGUGUCGGCUUGUGAUAGGGCAACAACGGUAUUAGCACUUGCUUCUAGAGAUUCAAAACCUGAGGACUUCAACCGUCCAGGUCACAUUUUCCCACUGAAGUACAGGGAAGGUGGUGUUCUGAAAAGAGCUGGGCAUACUGAAGCUGCUGUUGAUCUUGCCAUGCUUGCUGGGCUGGAUCCUGUUGGAGUUCUCUGUGAGGUUGUUGAUGAUGAUGGUUCCAUGGCUAGAUUACCAAAGCUAAGUCAAUUUGCCAAGCGUGAAAACUUGAAAAUUAUAUCUAUUGCUGAUUUGAUCAGGUAUAGGAGAAAGAGGGAUAAAUUAGUUGAUCGUGCAGCUGCUGCACACAUACCUACCAUGUGGGGGCCAUUUACAGCCUACUGUUACAGGUCCAUCUUAGAUGGGAUUGAACAUAUAGCAAUGGUUAAGGGUGAGAUUGGAGAUGGGCAAGAUAUUCUUGUGAGGGUACACUCUGAAUGCCUCACAGGUGAUAUAUUUGGAUCUGCCAGGUGUGACUGUGGGAAUCAGCUGGCCCUUGCAAUGCAGCAGAUUGAGGCUGCUGGCAGGGGUGUUUUAGUCUACCUUCGUGGCCACGAAGGAAGAGGCAUAGGUUUGGGCCACAAGCUUCGUGCUUAUAACCUGCAGGAUGCUGGACGUGAUACAGUGGAAGCAAAUGAGGAGCUUGGAUUGCCUGUUGAUUCUAGAGAAUAUGGUAUUGGUGCACAGGUUAGGCCUGAAAACUAUUCUCGAACUGUCAAAAGUCAGCAGCGCUUAAGUUUUGACUCUUUAAUGCAGAUACUAAGGGAUUUAGGUGUCAGAACCAUGAAGUUGAUGACAAACAAUCCUGCAAAGUACAUUGGGCUGAAGGGCUAUGGUUUGGCAAUUGCAGGCAGAGUUCCACUCCUAACUCCUAUUACAAAGGAGAAUAGAAGGUACCUUGAAACAAAACGUUCUAAGAUGGGCCAUGCAUACAGGCUUGAAUUUGAUGGCAGAAUAAGGGAUCUCAUCAGUGGUGGCAAUGGUAAACAGAGUAUUGACACACCAUCUGAUUCUGCAUCUGAGUCUUAGGAGCUUCUGCUUGAUUCAGCAGUCCCAUAAUAACUCAAUUACAAGAUGCAAGCACUCUCCAAGGGAAGACGGCAUUAUCUACAGAUUGAUUAAAUAUAUAAGAUUAUUUUAGAUAUACUAAGAAACAGAUUUGAUGUUGUUUUUGUCAUGCUGAAGUUCAAUCCGAGAAGCAAUGUGUUGAGGAAGAGACACUCAUUCUUUCUUCUCCAUAAGGUGUAAAUUACAUGAAAAUUUCACAUUCAUGGAAAUGAUGCAAUUGCUUGGUUCUGUUCAGCCUUGAGCCUUUUGCUUAACAGCCGAACAACUGAACAAGUGGUCCCACGUCCAAAUCCACUC